AUGGCAUCUAAUAACCUUCAGAAUAUCCAGAAGGGGACUCGUUCAUCAUAUGCUUCUAUUGUGACGAAUAACCUCCCAAAACUUGACAAUCCAAUUCUUUCCGAGGAAAAUCAGCAUCUGAAACACGCUUUCAAUUUUGUGAAAGAUCGUCGAAUCGAACUCGAAGACGAAGAAUAUAAAAAGAAAAUACUUCGACUUCAAGAUAUUAAUCGUGAAUAUGUUCAACCUAAUGGCUUCAAUGGAGCGUGGGGUAUCGCGUGGAAUGAAGAUGAGAGAAAGAUGGUUGAGGCAUGGGAUAUAUCACCACAAAUAGUUACUUCUACGGCUUUUACUAGGAUCAAAACGCCUGCUAUUCCACCCACUAACAUUAAACCUACAACAACUAUUACUUUUACUAGCGCUAUCGCUAAGCCUACCCCUUCUGCAUAUAAACAUAUGUUGUCUACUAUUUCUGACACCUUUCUCCACAAGGAUUUUACGACUUUAGAUUUGGAUCAAUUCUCUAGAGACGUAUUCGAUAAUUAUAAGAACAAGAAAGAAGAGUAA